AUGCUACUUUUUGCCGAUGCUGUCCUUCAUUCCUUUGGCUUUAUUUGGCGGAAUCCAAAUGCCGAGCCCAUGGGAGAAAGGUUACAACAAGGAGGCGCCGCUUGCCUCUAUCCCGUCGGCAGAGAUGCCUACCGGGAGAUGGUACUGGAACCUGCCCUUAGUCACCUGCAUUCUGCUCUUUCUUCCGACGGGCAUCGUAGCGGUUCUGUACCAGAUCAAGAUGAGGACCAUUCGACAGCAGCGGAUGAGUCACAGUCUGGCACCUGA